CAGUAAACCAACGCUUCCUGGUCAUUUGCAGUUGGAGAAAUAAAGUCGUUUUUAAACCCGUGCAGCGGUGGGAAAGUCUAGCUUUGUUGUCUGGGGAUCAGAAUGUCACCCAGAAGCAGCCUGGUCCUGGUCCUGGUUGUCGUGUUCUCUCUUUUUAUAACUGCACACUGUAAGUUUCCUACUUUAGACCACCUCAAACCGAAAGCCAGCGAGAAGGCUCAGGGGAGAGCGGUGGUCGAGCUGCUGAAACGCCUGCUUGGGAACAGAUCUUCUGAGUUCAUAGUGUCAGUCAACAGAAACCUUUCAAACGACAGCCUGGAUGUGUGUGAGCUCAGGUCCACUAAGAACAAUAAGAUAGUCGCCACAGGCAGCACCGGAGUGGCCGUGGCUUCUGGUAUUUACAACUACUUGAAAUAUUUCUGCAACUGCCAUGUUUCCUGGUCCGGUGAUCAGCUGGAUCUGCCCCGUCCUCUGCCGAGGCUCACCGGCGUCCUGCGCAUCAGCACCCAGCACAGAUUUCGGUAUUACCAGAACGUCUGCACUUUUAGUUAUUCCUCUGUGUGGUGGGACUGGCCAAGAUGGGAGAGAGAGAUCGACUGGAUGGCACUCAAUGGAAUCAAUCUUCCACUGGCUUUCACUGGCCAAGAAGCCCUGUGGCAAGAGGUUUAUCGUUCUCUUGGGUUAAACCAGUCGGAGAUUGAAGAGUUCUUCUCUGGCCCGGCAUUUCUCGCCUGGAACCGUAUGGGAAACAUGUUCAAGUUUGGUGGGCCUCUGCCGCAGUCCUGGCACAUAAACCAGCUCUACCUCCAAUUUAAAAUCUUGGAGCGAAUGAGAUCGUUUGGCAUGAUUCCUGUGCUGCCGGCCUUCUCUGGGAACAUUCCCAAGGGAAUCCUCAGGUUGUAUCCAGCAGCAAAUGUAACCAGACUGGGGCCCUGGGCUAAGUUCAACUGCAGCUUCUCGUGCUCCUAUAUUUUAGACCCUCGGGACCCACUUUUCCUCCAGAUUGGUUCCCUCUAUCUGUCCCAGGUGGUGAAGCAGUUUGGGACGGACCACAUCUACAACACCGACACCUUCAAUGAGAUGACUCCUCCCUCCUCUGACCCCACCUACCUGUCUGCAGUCAGUCGUUCUGUCUUUGCCUCAAUGACUGCAGUUGAUCCUCAGGCAAUUUGGCUGAUGCAAGGCUGGCUGUUCUUCAGUGAUGCAGCUUUCUGGAAGCCAGCCCAGAUUCAGGCCCUACUACACGGAGUGCCCCUUGGACGAAUGAUCGUGCUGGACCUGUUUGCAGAGACCGAGCCAAUUUUCUCCUACACUGAGUCUUUCUAUGGACAGCCGUUUAUCUGGUGCAUGCUGCAUAACUUUGGUGGUAACAGUGGUUUCUUUGGCACAGUGGAGAGUAUCAACUCAGGUCCCUUCAAAGCCCUGCAUUUUCCAAACUCCACCCUGGUGGGUCUAGGCAUCACACCUGAGGGUAUUGAGCAAAAUCCUGUGAUGUAUGAGCUGAUGAGUGAGCUGGCGUGGCGCAAAGAGCCCGUCAACUUGUCUAAGUGGGUAUCACUGUAUGCGAUACGCCGUUACGGCAGUACACAAGAGAACUUGUCCAUUGCAUGGGGGCUCCUAUUCUCCAGUGUCUAUAACUGCACUGUGCCACAUUACCGAAACCACAACCAUAGCCCGCUGGUGCGCAGGCCUUCCUUUCACAUGAAUUCUGGCCUUUGGUACGAUCCAGCUGACUUGUAUAAAGCCUGGAAACUGAUUAUAGAGGCAGCGCCUUCUCUCAUGUCCAAAGAGACCUUCCGGUACGACCUGGUGGAUGUGACGCGGCAGGCCCUUCAGGUCCUGACCACAUCCUUUUACCAGGAUGUCGCAGACGCCUUCCAGAACCAAAAGCUGCCAGAGCUGCUGACUGCCGGUGGCGUGCUGGUCUACGACCUCCUGCCUGAGCUCAACCGUUUGCUGAAUAGCGACCGCAAUUUCCUGUUGGGGACAUGGCUGGAACGGGCACGAUCCUUAGCCCUGGAUGAGAAGGAGGCACAGCUCUAUGAAAUGAACGCCAGAAACCAGCUCACACUGUGGGGUCCCAGUGGUGAGAUCCUGGACUACGCCAGUAAAGAGUGGGGAGGCCUCAUGGAGGACUAUUAUGCCCAGCGCUGGGGACUGUUUGUCCAAACUCUAGUAGAGUGUCUGGACAGUGGACGACCAUUCAAGCAGGAUGCCUUCAACCAGGCAGUGUUUCAGGUAGAAAAGGGAUUCAUUUAUAAUGGUAGAAAGUACCCAACCAAGCCUCAGGGAGACACGUACACCAUCGCCCACAGGAUCUUCCUCAAGUACUACCCACAGGCCUUAAAGAGACUAUAGUGAGCAGAGACAUUGUGGAAAAAACUUGUCUCAAGUCACAGCAAGAAGAAUGUCUUCCUCCACCUCCAGUUUUGCAUGGCUAUCCCAAAACAUUUUGAUGUAGAAAAUCUGACAGCAGCAGGAACAAUCUGUUUUGCACAUAAAAAUCAUUGUAAAAUCAUUGUAGGAGCAAAAACAUUUUCUCCUUAUAUUCACACUGAUUAAAUAUCCAAUCAUGCCUCAUGAAAGAGGAGUAGAAACGACUUGACACUGACUGACUGAUGUGAUGUUGUUACUUUUUUUUUAUAUGCAUAUUAUAUAUAUUUACAUAAAAUAUGCAUAUUUCCUCUCACAUACUGAGACGUUAAAAUGGAUAUCAGUGCAGAGCUGGAGUCAGGAUGUGGUCCACUGCACUUUUCAUGCUAAGCUAGGCUAAACAUUUCCUGACUCCAGCUCCAUGUUUAACACACAGACAUGAAACUAUAAGAUAACUAUAGAUAAACAGAUCUGCCUUCUUUAAUCGCAGGCACUACACUGUGACUGCAGGCAGCAAAUGGAACAUUUAGUCAACAAUGAGAUGACAUUUCAAUAUUGUGCCUUAUUCUGAGAGAAGUGACUGAUAGGACUGCUGCUUCAUAGACACUGCACCGAGCAGCAUCACAACAAGUACACCAAUAGCAGAUACCAAGCAGAUGUUUUUGAUCCUGCAUAAGAAUUUUCUUCUCCAUUUACAAUGUCAUUUCAUUUCAGUGAGACUGGGGCCAGUUUCUGCAAUGGUUUUAUGAAUACAAGCAUUUAUUUAAUGCCGAGAAAAUGCUCUGACAAAUUGGCUCAUGGUUCAUGGUGCACCUUAGGAGAUAACUUUAUGUCUUUUUGUCCCCAGAUAGGUUUUCUUUUUAAAGAUAUAUUUUUAUAUAAAAAUUCACAGGUGUUAAACUGACGCAUAUCACAUGUACAUCAAUUACUUCCUGAAAUAUUUUAUGAGUCACAGUGAUUUUUUUUUUUUUUUUUUUUUUGGAGCACUGAAGAAUAGAUGAGAUUUUUCUUUUUGAUAAAUGUAAUUUUAGUUAAGAAUCAUCAUAAUAUUUUGGGAGAAUAGUAAUGAUUGUAGAGCGUGUUAACAGUCACUACAUGAGUUCAUAAUACGCCAACAAGCAUUCCAUGUUGCACUGUAUUAGUCUCUGUAUUGUAUAAAUACUAUUUUUGUAUUUUGAUGAAUUAAACUUGUGAUUCUGUAACUCAGGCAUGUCAUAAAAGUCUGCAGGCUGCAUGACUAAAAACAGUGAGUUCACUCUGGA